AUGGCGCCCCGCUGGUGGCUGCUGAUUCUCUUCCUCGGCGGCAGCGUACUCCAAGCUAGCUCCCAGCCUAAUAGCAGAGGUUUCAUCAGCAUAGACUGCGGGCUAAUGGGAGAGGAGAGCUAUGUCGACGACGAGACGAACCUGUUAUACGUCUCGGACGCCGGCCUCACCGACACCGGCACGCCUUACGACAUCUCGGCGGAGUACUACCGGCCGUGGCGCUCCAGGAACGUCCGCAGCCUGCGGAGUUUCCCCGAUGGUGCGCGCAACUGCUACACGCUACGAUCCCUAGUGUCCGGCCUUAAGUACCUCUUCCGCGCCACGUUUCUCUAUGGCAACUACGAUGGCCUUAACAAGCCACCAGCGUCGUUCGACCUCUACAUCGGCGUCAACUUCUGGACGGUGGUGAACAUGUCGUGGUGGGGGUCGGACUCGGACCAGGAUAACACGGCGGAGGUGGAGGCCAUCGUAGUUGUGCCACACGACUUGGUGCAGGUGUGCCUGGUGAACACCGGCGGCGGGACGCCCUUCAUCUCUGGGCUGGAGCUGAGGCCGCUGAAGAUGUCGCUCUACCCACAGGCAACGGCGGAGCUGGGCCUGUUCUUGCUGACCAGGCAAAACUUUGGCGCGAUAAACGAAACAAUCAUCAGGUUCCCCGAUGAUCCAUACGACCGGAUAUGGGACACUUGGUCCCGCCCCACAGUCUGGAAGGAGAUGUCCACGACCGAGAGGGUGGACAGCCUCGAUGGCGACUACUUCGAGGCGCCCAUGGCGGUGCUGCAGACAGCGAUCAUGCCGCUGAACGACUCUGGGAGCAUCAGGUUCGGCUGGAAAGCGGAGCCCCAGCCCAACAAUCCGUCGCCAGGGUACCUCGCCGUCUUGCACUUCGUCGAGCUGCAGGUCCUCGCCGGGAACGCCUUGCGCCAUUUCAACAUCAGUCUCAACAACGACCAAAACUGGUUCCCGGGCUACACGCCACCAGGCUAUCUAAAAAGAGGGUAUGUCCACAGUAGCUUUACCUACCGGCCGCGCGAGAGCAGCUACCUCUUCACCAUCAAGGCCACAGCCAAUUCCACGCUGCCGCCCAUCAUCAACGCCUACGAGGUGUUUUCUGUCAUCACCACCACCAACGUUGGUACAGAAUCCCAGGAUGCAUCGGCUGCCAUGGCAAUCAAGGCCAGGUACAAGGUGCAGAAGAACUGGAUGGGUGAUCCGUGCUUUCCCAAGACUAUGACGUGGGAUAGUCUGAACUGCAGCUAUGCCACUGCCAGCCCUCCAAGGAUCACAAGCAUAAAUCUGUCCUCCAGCAGCCUGAAUGGUGAUAUAUCGUCUUCUUUUGCAAAUCUCAAGGCCCUCCAAUACUUGAAUUUGUCAAACAAUAACUUGACGGGCGCUAUUCCAGAUGCCCUUUCACAAUUACAAUCGUUGACAGAUAUAGAUUUGUCUGGCAACCAGCUCAAUGGAUCGAUUCCCUCUGGACUUCUCAAAAGAAUUCAAGAUGGCUCCCUGAAUCUAAGACAUGGCAACAAUCCAAACCUUUGUAUUGGUGACAAUUCAUGUCAGCUUGCUGCCAAAACGAAGAGCAAACUGGCAAUCUACGUUAUUCUCCCCUUACUUGUCAUUCUGGUGAUAGUAUCUGUGGUCGUCCUAGUUUUUUUCUUUCAAAGACGACGAAAGACCAUGAUAAAGCCACAGAACGAGGAGGAAAUGUCAACGAGCCAUGGUGGUGCUAGUGAUUCGCUGCGGCUAGUCGAGAACCGCCGGUUCACAUACAGGGAACUCGAGAUGAUAACCAAUGGCUUCGAGCGGGUGCUUGGCCAAGGAGGGUUUGGCCGCGUCUAUGAUGGCUUCCUGGAGGACGGUACUCAAGUGGUGGUGAAGUUGCGGUCCCAUUCCUCCAAACAAGGUGUCAAGGAGUUCCUCACAGAGGCUCAAAUUCUAACCCGGAUUCAUCACAAGAAUCUUGUGACUAUGAUUGGUUACUGCAAGGAUGGGGAGUAUAUGGCUCUUGUGUAUGAGUACAUGUCACAAGGAACCCUGCAAGAGCACAUUGCUGGAAGCGAGCGAAGUUUACGUUGGAGGCAGAGGCUUCGGAUUGCACUUGAAUCUGCACAAGGGUUAGAGUAUCUGCACAAGGGGUGCAACCCGCCUCUUAUACAUAGGGAUGUCAAGGCCACCAACAUCUUAUUGAAUGCUCGACUAGAGGCCAAGAUCGCAGAUUUUGGCCUGUCCAAGGCGUUUGAUCACCACAAUGGAAACUACAUUUCAACAAAUACAAUUGUUGGUACACCCGGAUAUGUUGAUCCAGAAUACCAGGCGACGGUGCAACCCACAACCAAGAGCGAUGUGUACAGCUUUGGUGUGGUAUUGCUAGAGCUGGUCACCGGGAAGCCGGCCAUCCUCUCGGAGCCAGAACCCAUGAACAUUAUUCAUUGGGUGCGACAGCGGCUAGCGAGAGGCAACAUGGAGGGUGUGGUGGACACACGAAUGCAUGGCGGUUACAAUAUCAAUGUCGUUUGGAAGGUGGCGGAGAUCGCACUCAAAUGCACCGCACAGGAAUCAGUGCAGCGGCCCACCAUUGCUGAUGUUGUGGUGCAACUACAGGAGUGCUUGGAGCUUGAGGAGGGUCGCACCCGUGACUUCAGCACUGGCGGUGGCAACAAUGAUUACUCGAGCUGGAAUUAUAAUGCUUAUGGCAGUGGGCAAUCCACUGAUGUGAGCAAGAAUGCUGCAUUUGGGACGGAAUUGAGGAUGCCAACAGUGGGCCUCGGUCUAGCUCCUGCUGCACGUUGA